UUGUGCGGUAAUCAGAUAAAUACGGCAAAUAAUUGUUAUCGCCACUUGGAAUAAAAAAAAAUGCAGUGGCAUAUAUUUCUUACAUUAUCAAGCCAAAACAAAAUAACGUUUAUUUGAUGAUCAAGGUGAUCUGACGGAGUCGACUUAUCGGAAAACAGACGAGGUCGAGGACAUGGCGACCACAACCGAGGAGCCAUUCUUUCAAUUUUGUAAAGACGCUGUCUUUGAAUCCACUUUUAGAGUGGAUUCCAACCACUGGUUCUUAAUUCCAGCCGUUGCCAUCAUGCUGCUAUUGUGUUUUAUGGAGAAGAGGAGGACGAUAAAACAAAACAUAAUGGGAGGCCGUCCCGGUCUUGUACGGCCGCUCGGAUUUUUGGACGAGCCUUCUAACCGCUGGGGUGUGAUGUUCGUAUUUGGGUCCGUGACCGGUAAUAUUAUACAAAUAGUACGAAAGGCGAUAUCUGACCAGUUAGACUGGCCGAUAUGGGCGAAAAUUUUUAUGGUAUAUAUUUUAUGUAUGGAGGCUAGUGUGAUAUGUUAUCCAUUAUUUGCCUGCAUGACGACACGUCAUAAAUUAGUUGGCGCUAUAGCGGGACUUCUUUACUCUUUAGCAUGGUUUGGUUCGGAGAUGUUUUCAAAUGUCGCGAUAGGAAUCUGUUUUGUGAAAUAUGUUGACCCCUAUAACGAUGUGAAGGUGUCAGCCCAUAUCCUCAUACAGGAAAUGCCCGUGGCAAUAUGCAACUUUCUAGUAGUGUUGAAGUUUUGUUGGAAACUGUAUAAAUGUUUAAGGAAAGGAAAUUACCAAAUUAGUUACGAGGAACAAGUGAAACUAUGUAAAUCAUAUCAUUUAACAUACGUAAAACAUCUUCUGAACAAACGAUCCUUUAAAUCUGACGAAACGUUGUCAUGGAAGCAAAAGAUACAUCGCAAGAUAAUACGACCUGAGCCAGGAUUCAGAUUUCCUAUUUCCAUCACGAUAACAUCAUUUAUGUCUGGUGUGCUAUUGUACAUGGUGAGUCUAUACUGUGCUGAGUUUAUGGAACUAGAAUCGAAAAAAUAUUACUUCAGAGAUUUUGAAGACCUUAUGCAAGCUGCCAAUGUUAUUGCUACUACGAUUACGUUGCUGUGUGGGAUAAGAAACAUCUAUAUCGUACUAAUGAACUACAGGCGAGACAUGCUCUUGCUGUACAAGGGUGAAAGGAACUUCAUCCCCGAUACUGUACAAACACCGUCGCCAAAUGUUUACAUGGCUCAAGGGAUGCGGUUCAUUGGAACAUCAAUUACGGGAAUGUUUUGGGGAACAGUUUUUUGCUAUCUACUUGUGUUUGUACCUUUGACGUUGAUGUUGAUGGUCAUCAAAAUGCUUAACUUGAGGAAGGAACUUGACCAGAUUUGGACUCAGUUUGAAUGGCUUGUAUACCCGGUGUGUAUCAUCAUCAUAUUUAAACUGCAAACUUAUUUGAUUGGUCGAUACUUCAUCCAGCCAAAAAUAAAUGUUGAGGACAAAUAUAGACCCCUAGCUGUAGAUAACAGGAAUGCUUACGACGUUGUCAACUUUUAUGCUAUAUUCCUUAACGCUAGCAUCGGACUCUUUACUUUCCUCAAACGUAUUUUACUUGGUGCAUUUUUGGGUGUAUUUAUGAUACCAAGAAUGGAUCGAAGCCUGCUAAUGCGAGGUUAUGAAGCCAUGGACAAAUGCUAUGUAAACUAUAUUGGAAUGAUAAUGGUCGACGUGGCACACAAUCACCCUGUAAUGCGCGUGUUUUGUUUCCUUGUGAAAAAUGCUGUGGAAAAUAGAAGAGAUGUGAAACCUUUGAGAUCUGCUGCGGAGAACGCUAUAUAUUGCAAUUUAACUAUCCCAGAUCACAUUCCAUCCGAAACAGGAAACAGCAUUGCAAAGAAAAGAUGGUUGCUUGCCUUUACAUUAAUUCGAAACCCUUCACUAGUGGCUCUGCGUGUCCGUGAAUGUAAAAGUAAAUCUCGGGACAAAACGGCGUUAAGUCUGACGGACAUUCAAUGUGUGAAUAACACAGCUACUGAUUUCCCGGAUAAUUCGACAGACGCUUCGGGAUCUUCCAUCAGAUGCUGCAGAAAGUUUAAGUUUGAGAUUCCUUCAACUCUUCUCAUCAAUCUGAUGGCUUUGAUUGUACUAAUAUCGAUGCUUGUCAUUUAUGCUGGGCUUCCAGUCUUGAUAAAUGAUUUGAUAAAGACGGCAAAAAUUCUUGUUACGGCGACAUAACGUUUGGUCUAUUGAUGUGCCAACAUAAAUUACGUUAUUGCGGUUGCAACAUAACUUACUUUAUAUAUAGUGCUCUUUCAACAUAACUUAUUUUAAUAUAUAUUGCUGUUUCAACAUAACUUAUUCUGUAUCUCAAGUUCUGAAAGAUGAAGACCAGUCUGAAGUUUCCAGCAUUUGAUUGGUUACUUCUGAUAACUAAUUUCAAUUUGGAUUUUAGCCAAUUACAGACAUUCAUUGUUAGACUGGUCUGAAAUUCUGUUUUCAUCUUUUCUGAACUAGAUUUUCAUGUUAUACAUUAUAAUCAAAAGUUUUUACCACACUAUAUAAUUAGAAUGAUUUAUAAUUGAUAGAUAUAUCACACUACAUUAGAGUAUUUUUUGAGGAAUUAUCAUUAUAAGGCAUAUAUUAUUUGAUUUUACAUGUCAGAGUUGUCAAUUCAUUGUUACAUAUGAAAACCGAACACCUCAGAGACUAGCCAAAAAGUUCUUUUUGGAAGUUUUCGGAGUUCAAAAGUGAAGAAUUAUAUGAACAAGUACGAACAGGAAACAACAGAUGCUUUGUAAGACAUGACAAAAAAUAUAUGAAGCUGAUAAAAUUAACAAAAUGGUAGAAUUUUUAGGAUUAUUAAAAAACUUUAUUAAAUUUUAUUAUCACGAAUAACUGACUUGGUUGAUACAAUAGAAGUUUAUUAUCACAAUUUAUUUUCAACAUGUUUAGUAUACUACGAGCUAUUUACCUUUAAUCUUUUUUUCUUCACAAUAUACUUCUCACUUCGUAAAAAUCAAGGGUCUGACAUGCUUAGUAGGUUGUGAUUACAUUAGGUGUCAAAAUAAAUGGUCAUUGCUAAUUGGAAGAUACUGACAUUUUGCAGGUUUAAUAAUCUUCAAGUACAAUAAUCACAUUCUUUUCAAUUUCCGGAUUUUAGAAAUUAAUUUGAACUGAUAGAACUUAAUUUUUACCUGAAAAUAGUUCGGAAAUUCAAAAUUUGGAAGUUCCGGAAUUUAGACGUUUCAAAUAUAUAGAAAACAGAAGGAAAAAUUUCGGAACCCUGAAAAUUGUUCGGAUUUCAGAAGCUUCCAGAUUUUUAGAAGUUCCCAAUUCGGAAGUAAGAUUGUAUCUAGUUGUUUGUUUGUUUGAUUGGUUUUUACGUCACACCGACACAGUAUAGGUCAUAUGGCGACGUUCCAGCUUUACUGGUGGGAGAGACCGCGAGUGCCCUUACGUGCAUUAUUUCAGACACGAAAGAUUAUCAAAUGAAUGGAGGCCAACAAGGCUUUAAAGCAAGUCAGUUUCAAGUUUUUCUUUACAUUUUUGAGUAAGUCUAAUUGAAAUAUUAUAUUAAAGAAUUAUAUUGCAUGAUAUUAAGAAGACCAAAACAGGUUUUGAAAAAGGCAAAUGUCAGUGAUGCACCAUUUUUGAAAUGAUAUCACCUGUUUACUUUAAAUGUUAGUGAUGGUAUCGUGACAACACUAAAUAUCAAAAAUGGACUUCUCUGUCUUUCAAUAUGGACAUAACCAUUCAUCAUUUUCAGGGUAAUUUUCAAAACAUGUACUGACUUAAUGACAAUCUGUUUAAAAUCAGCUCUCAAUAACGAUACGCAUCAACAUGUAAGAAAUAAGUAGAUCUGAACUGUAGUCAGAUUGUGAACUGAAUAGCAAACGUUGUUGACCAUGAUUGUACAGAAGGCAUGGAAUCUCUGGCUGAGUUUUUGGUCUUCACAUGUGGCAUAAUUAGGUAGAAUCUGUUGUCAUCAGCAGACUAAUGGUUAAAUAUGUGUAAUGUAAAGACAUAUGUAAUGGUUAUACAUGAUUGUAAACAAGUGAAUUCAUUAAGUAAACACAAUUGUUUUGUCAAGUGAAAUGUGACUUACAAUUUUAAUAAUCAAUAUGUAGGAGUAUUUCUGUUUUUAGUAAAAACAUUCCAUGUUCAAUUACAUGUAUUUUAUUAUAGUUUGUGAAUCAAGGAGGAAACUUUAAUAUCCUAAUUCGUAUUUGUUUUUUUAAGUAAUAUGCUUGGGGUUUUUUAGAGAGAAAAUCCACCAAACAAUUUAAAUGAUGAAGAUAUAGAUCAUUCUACUUUAUAAUUAAUCAUUCAGUAUCUUAUUGAAAAAAAAAUUGUGUGAGUUUAUCACAUUGUCAUAUAUAUGCCAGUUAUAUGUCUUAAAUAACUUAAAAUUUGUUAGUUUAAAUUCAUAUAAAAGAAAUGAAUGAAUGAAUGAAUGAAUGAAUGAAUGAAUGUAUGAAUGACUAUUUUAAGUAGUAUAAGGGAUUUUGCAAUAUCUUACGGAUUUGUGUAUGUUUUACCUGCUAUUUUGUUCUAGGUAUGGAAGGAAACUAGGAGACAAGUGUUUCAUAAAUGUCGUCUGCUUUGAUUCUACAUUAUAACAAAUACAGUAUCUCAUGAUAAUUUUAUAAAUACAUGUAUAUGUUCAGUGGAACUUAAUUUUCAUGAAAGUGCAAAAUUCAAUUUUUAAAUUUUUUUAUCUGACUUUGAAACACAUGCCUAUCAUACUUGUGUGUUAUAAUCCUGCAAUAAAUUUCGAGGAACCUAUUCAACUAGCUUGUGGAAUAUCGGUUGAAAUACUUAGUUGCCCUUAUCUGCCGGAAUAAGUCAAGGAUUGACACCUGAGGUCUCCCUUCCCAAAAUGAAGCUUGGAAAUUAACUCAGAGCUUUAUAGCGUUGGUAUGACUUGAAACCCAACAAGAAAAUAUUACUUAAUAAAAAUAAUAUAAAAUUGUUUUAUAUAUCUUGACAUUUCAUCAAAAAUAACAGGAAGUUAAGUACAUGUAAGAAUGUAUUUGGUUUUGUCUGAUUUUUGCUAACAAGAAUAUGAAAGAGGAAAAGUUUUAAGUGUUAAGGUGUGUAAUUUAUUGUAAGAUUUAAAAGAUUGUUUUAUUUGAAUUUGAUUAAGCUUUUACAACUUGAAGUAAAUACUGUUUAGCUCAACUAUUUGAAAAAAAUGGAGAUGUCAUUCUUUUUUGUGGGCAUCGACUUUGGUGUAGCUCUUUGGCUUAAGUUUAGGGAGCAGUUUCUUGUACAGUUCCAUAUUUCAUCAAUCACUAUAUUUCUUGUGAUUUUAUAUGUCUUUGUGAUUAUAAUUGAAUGUCUCUUACAGAACUAUGACUUGAAAUUUGACUGAAUGAACAUUUGCUUCAUUAUAAAAAAACUUUUAACAAUGUCAUGUAUUUUGAAUGAAAUCUUUAUCUUCAUUCAUUCCUACAUUGGCCGGACAUUUUUUUCAUUAUCAAGCACUGAAAAUAGUCGAACAUGCUCUUAACUAACAGCUCGCAGUUUCUACAUGUUGUAAUUUCAAUAAUUGAAUCAUUUCAUUGAACUUGUCACAAAUGUAUUAAAAAAUAAUAAAAUAUAUCGAUAAAAAUA